AUGGCUGACAAGCCGGCUUUGAUGCAGUGGCACCGAGAAUUAGAAGAUGUCAACGGAGCAGACUAUAUCUUCAUCUCGCAUGCGCAUUUCGAACAUCUUACCGGCGCCGGUCACCUUGCGCGCAGAACGGGAGCAAAAGUGAUCGCGAACUGCAAGGCUAUCAAUCUCUUUCGCCAGGCUGGUGUACCGGAGACGCAACUUCAGCCUGUGUCUGGAGGGGGGAAACUUCCUCUGUUCACUCGAGCUACUCGAGACACGGCGUUGAAAGGCGACUGUGCGCUUGCCCCUGGAGCACCUGGUGCCCCAGCUCUCCCACAUCCGGAUCCUACAGCUCUUGCGGUCCAUGUCUGGCCAUCAUUACAUUGCUUCAUGCCUGGAAGCUCCCAUGCAGAUCUCCCGGACAUCUUUGAUACCGGGAAGGAGUACCACGGAUCAGCUAGUCCAUUUGCGUAUGUAGUCGUCCUUGGAAUUGCAGGUCGAGCCAACUUGAACGGCAGGCCCUUCAACGGCUCAGCGGCGCAUUUUGCGGCAUUGCAACUGAAAUGGCUGGGCGGGCCUAAGAAGGUAAUUUGGUGCCUGCACGACGAGGCUCUGGUCGCGCCGUUCAGGGUAGAUACGACAGCAGCAACAAGAACAGUGGAGAAUGAGACUGGUGCAAGGGUCGUGGAGUUGGCGUACGCGAAGCCGUAUGUGGUGUUCGAAUGA